AACUCGAUAUGACAGUACAGUAGUACGGGGCCCGGAGCGGCGCGCCGGCGCGGCCCCAUCGACCCGGGAGAGUAAAUACGCUACAUUUUACGUUACGGGAUCGGGACGGUCUGCACCCUUGGACGAGCGGCUGACGGAGCCUGUUGCGGCCACGGCGCCUCCCAGACGGAUGUCCGAAGGUCACGGACCCGCUCGCCGCCACAGUGCCGCCCCCAGUACCGCCCCCGGCCACAGCUAUCUCCGCCCCCACUAUGCUGCGGACUGGAUUAGGGCCACCAACAAUAGUGCUAGAGCGUAUCGUGCCGCAAGUCUGGCCCUGGGUUCUUCCUGCUAUCAGGAGGAGUACCCUAGCUCCCUCUUGGACAUUCUGAUGGCAAACGAAAACGACAAGGGGCUACUAUCUCCUACGGCCGCUCAUGUCAAUCCCAAGAGUUUCCAAAGCGCCUUUUGCCUUCCAACCUCUAACUAUGCUAAGGUAAAUGAUGGAGUGCCUCCCCCUGUGCCGGAAAGAUCUCGCCCCUCAGCUCCGCCCCAGAUGGCCAAGCCGCCGCCAGCUCUUCCCCCUCCCCCAUCCACAGCCCCACCUCCUCCCCCUAGAACCAGGAUUGGUCCACCCCCUACCCCGCCUAGAUCUAAAGCUCAACAGUCUUCUAUACUGAAUAAUGCUCAACCUCGGAAUAUAUCUAGUUCAUUAACUGACUUAGAACGAAGACAAUCCCAAAAACCGCCUGUAGAAAAUGAAAAGCAACCCCCUCCUCGGCCCCAGGCACCGAGCUACAAGAAGUACGACCCUCCAGAAUCUCCGAGAAAGAAAACCUUCAAGCCACCUCCGCUGCAGACUCAACCCGACGAAGACAAACAGCUUUCUCACAUACUGAUGCAAAACGAGGGACUCAACGGUAGUGCCGGUAAAAUCUCUAUGAGACAAGAUUCUAAUGUUUCCAGCGACAGUUUCAGCCAAAACUCAUCCCCUAGCUACACGACUAAGAGUAUGGAAACACCAUUGUUGGCGCAGUGCGGCAAGAAGAGCCGACGCAUUACCAAUGAACGUCGCGGCGCAGAAAUGAGAGGAGGAGACAGUGACGAGGCAGUGAGCGGACUAGAAUCUGCGACGCUUGAUGAUGCUAACAACGCUCUGACCAAGAGUCACUCGACACCUGCGAGUCUCCAAGCCAUUGUCCGCUUCCAUCACGGCUCUAACAUGUCCAUCCACCACAGGAUUAUAAAUGACAUUCGGAGACCGUCAACACACUACAUCACUAGGGGAAGGCUGAGGUUUCAGUUUGCUCAGGUUAUUCUCAAUGCAGUUGCUCUACUAGCCAUUGCCGGGGGAUUGGCUGCCUACUUUCAAGCUUACCCCUCAGCAGUGCGAUACAUCAAUAGGACCAUCACGGAACCCUCCAUUGCAGUCAAACCUCCAGAGGAUGUUAAUCCUGCUCCUGGGAUUUGUUUACCAGUGAUAGUCACAUUUUGCCUGCAACACAAAAUUCCCUACAACUACACAAUGUUUCCCAACUACAUUGGUCACUUCACGCAGCGUGAUGCUCAGCAGGAACUGGAAGUUUACGAUGCGGUGGAGGACGUCAGAUGUUACGAGUUGGCUGCAUUGUUUUUGUGUUCAGUUUUUGUGCCAAAGUGUGGACCUACAGGACAACUGGUUCGCCCUUGUAAAAAUUUGUGUGCUGAAACCAAGAGAAGGUGUGGGUUCUUUCUUGAUGUGUUUGGUCUGUCUUUGCCGGACUACCUCGAUUGUGACUUGUUCCCUGACUCAGAAGAUGCGGAUGUCUGCGUGGGAAAUAAGGAGGUCGUUGAAGCUGAAAAGCGUGCUCAGAAACCAGUGUGCCUGUCUGGGUUCCAAUGCGAUGUGAAGCGUUGUAUCCCCGCAGACUGGAAGUGUGACGGACACGUGGACUGUGAGGAUCAGUCGGAUGAACUCAACUGCCAUCAAUGUGCCAAGGGGAUGAUUCACUGCGGAUCACGGAGAUGCAUGGACCAGUCGCACAUGUGUGACGGAAUCAAAGACUGCCCCUGGGGCCAAGACGAGAGGAAUUGCAUAAGACUGAGUGAGAGGAUGGGGGACGAGGGCAAAGGCAAGUUGGAAGUGUUUCAGCCCCAUUUGCAGAGUUGGAAGCCUGCGUGUACCUCGACGUGGGACCCUGCGACUCCUCGGGCCAUCUGUUCCAUGUUGGGAUACAGGAAUGUAACGUCCAGCAACCUUACAAUCAAAGGAUCCAUCGGCUCCAAACAUACUAUAAAAUAUUCAAGCCACACGCUUAAGAGGUAUUCAGUGCCAAAAAGAAAUCUCAAUCUUCUCAAAGAACUUCGUGAUUGCAACACUGAAAACUUUGCCCCGAUAGAACUAGGCUGUUCUAGUUUUACGUGUGGUUUGAGACACCAGCUGUUUCAAGAGAAGAAGCAGCUGCGUAUCGUGGGAGGGACGGAGGCCAACCCUGGUGAUUGGCCGUUCCUUGCAGCGCUACUCGGCGGGCCCGAGCAGAUCUUCUAUUGCGCUGGUGUCCUCAUCUCGGACCAGUGGGUACUCACAGCUUCACAUUGCGUUGGCAAUUUCACCCAAGGAGACUUAUCAGGCUGGACCAUCCAGCUCGGUAUCACCAGGAGACACGCUCACUCUUACUUCGGCCAGAAAAUGAAGGUCAAGAGAGUCGUACCUCAUCCCAUGUACAAUCAAGGCAUUGCUCAUGACAAUGACGUGGCAUUGUUUCAGUUGGCAACGAGGGUGACAUUUCACGAGCAUUUGCUGCCCGUUUGCCUUCCAGAGGCCAACUUUAAGCUGAAGGAGGGUCGGAUGUGCACUGUCAUUGGCUGGGGAAAGAGAGAAGAUAGCGAUGUAUCAGAGUAUGAAGCAGCAGUCAAUGAGGUACAAGUCCCCAUCCUGAACCGUGAUCUCUGCAACAGCUGGCUGGAGCAUCGAGACCUCAACGUCACCCAAGGGAUGAUCUGUGCUGGAUACGCAGAGGGAGGGAAAGAUGCUUGUCAGGGAGACAGUGGCGGGCCACUGUUGUGCAUGACGGAUGAUCGCUCUCCGCGCUGGUUUGUUGGAGGGAUCGUCAGCUGGGGCAUUAAAUGUGCUCAUCCACACCUGCCUGGCGUCUACGCCUACGUGCCUCGCUAUGUCCCGUGGAUCAAACAGCAGAUGGCGCUCUACUCUGAUAAAUAAUGUUUAGGCUUUGACUGUGUUGUAGUCUGAGAGAAGUGAGGGAAUCAGAGAGUGCUCUAUGCAUGAUCUAACGGUUCGGUCAAGUAGUAGUCGAGUGACUUUGAGUUACUAGCAAAGACAUAUUUGAUUAACUGUUUUAAGCACCUCUGGUUUCCUCACUUGUAUAGGCAGUAGCUCUAAAUUAAAUUCCCAGAUAAGAUAGUAAACUUACUAGUGGUAACUAGUAAAAACUGGUAUACAGGGAGUUCAACAGGAAUGUUUGACUAGAAAAAUUGAUAUGUAUCAAAUAUAGCCCCUGGCAUGUGUUAUAUGACUGAUAUAGGCUAUUUACCUUGUCAAUACAGUUUCUUAGCCUGAUUAUUCACUACAUAUUGUUUUGGCACUUGUAUACAGCGACACAUAUGUGUAGUGCUGAAUAAACAGGCUAAGAAACUUUUGAGACAAGGUUAAUAGCCUAUAUUAGUGAUAGGAGUAAUUUCAGCUUAACUAAUGUAAAUGAUCCAAAGAUCACAUAGAAUAAUUUAUGGCAAAGCUUGUCAGAUCUAAACAGGAAACUAUCUUGGAACAGUGAACAGUAUUUCUAUAAGUUUAAAACCAAGCAAUCACUUUAAAUUUAAAAUUAUAUCAGUACCUAUUUAUUUACCAAUUUCUAUUUGUCACUGUUCUACAGUAAGAAAAUGUUAGGGAUUGUGAUUUGAAAUUUAGCUUUACUAAUGGCAUUUGUGAUUGUAACAAGCAAAAACAGCAGCUAGUGAAAAAGUAGCACACUACAUUGAAUGUGUACUUGGAAAACAUACAAAGUAACUGAAAAACCAGCAUUGUAGUCAGGGAUUCACUGUUUCCCAAGUCAAAUCCACAACAAAAUAGUGACAUUUAAUUCCCCAUGCCAAACUAUAGAACUUGAAUUUUGACUUAAGUCUUACUUAGUGCUUCAUAGAACCACCACUCACUUAAAUAAACAAUAGAUUAAAUAAUUUUAGAUAACAAAUACCUAAAAUGGUUUUUCAAAUUUCAUUUAAGUCAUAUACUUAAAAGGUUUACCUCCAAAGAGGAAAUAUCAUAACUAAAAUGAAAAGUUUUGGGUUUUAAUCGGAAUAUAUGCAUUAUAAAUACAUAUCUGUUACUGUUGUUAGUUUUAAAAAACAUAUCUUUCCCAAAGUGAAAAUUGUAUAUCAGUAAAGUCUAACCAGUGUGAGGUUUUUGAGUGUUUUAAAGUAUUUUAUAAUAGUAAAACUGAAUUAUUAGUAGUAAAUAACCCACAUCCCCUUAAGGGACUGAGACAUAUCCAAAUAGUUCAACUUUGAUUAGUUUCUCAACACUAUUAAUUAAGAUGAUUACUUCCUAAUUUUUGUACAAAUUCUCUAGAUACAAAAACUCAAACUUGCAGAUAAAGUAAAAUUCAUAUCUAUCAUUUUGAAAUAUUUUUUUACUGAACACUUCACUGAAGUCAGCCUUAGAGUAGCUUCUGAAACACUCAUAUCAAUUAACCAAGUCAAAUGUUUUACAUCAGUUUACUAAUCACUUAUGACUUGGAUUUAAUCAGGGUGGGGCACACUGUUUUUGUUCUAACAGAUACUGUUUGUUAGGUUAAAGAAUCUGAAGUAGUUGAUUUUUGUUUCAUGAUAUUUUUUAAUCUCAUAACCAGGUUUAGUAAGUCUGUGAUUGUGAGCCAAGGAGGGUUCAAUAGUCAACUAAGGUUGAGAUUGUAUGGAUGGUUUACAUUUCAGGAUCAAUAAUACUAUCAUUAUUGGUUAAAGUAGUCAAUUAUCCAAAUAUCAAUCUGUACCAAGAAUUUCAUUUUUGUAAUUUGCUUAAGAAACAAAGCAUUAACAUAGUUGUUAUCAUAUAGUAAUUAUAUAUUAAAUUCAGGGUUGUUACUUGUCAUGUAAAUAUGGAAUAUAUAUCUGGAGAAAAAAUGAAAAGAAGAUAAUUAAUUAUUGAAUAAAACAAUCUAUACAAUCAUGAAUCUGUAAAUAAUCAAUAGUAAGUAUGAGUCUGCUCCUCAAAGUCUUUCGUGUUUGUAUGUAGACGCUAUAUAUUUACUCAAAAUUUACGUUUCUCCGAUCGACAUCGGAAGAUAUAUUCUUCUACCUGACAGCAUAUCACCUACUUAGACAAUGAUGAGAAUCGAUUCAUUCGUCGAUGAGUCGAAUUUUGUAAUCGUAUUUGUAUAUUCUAAACGCCUUUGGAAAUUAUUUUGAAUAUUAUCUGAUCUCUUUAUUUCUUACAAAGAAAAAAAUUACUACAAAAGCUCAAAUAAUUUAGUGAACUUAGAUGGUAUAAACGGUUGUGUAUACAUCAAUAAAUCAAUAUAAAUUGUGAUAUAUAUUUACACUAGUAUUUAUACAUUACUGCAUAUACACGAUUUAUAUUGAAUAAAUCUAUUAGCUAAGCUUGUAAACGUAUUAGCUUAGAUUAGGUUAAGUGUAAUGUAAGACAAUAAUAUGUGCUAUAGAAGCUUUGCGGGCGACUGCCCUGACAAUAAUGAGGUGUGUAGUGUGUAUGGUCCUACCAUUCAAUAUCAGCUGCAACCACUACAGCAGAAAAAAGUUAGUUCUGAUUCAAAAUGUAUAAUCAGCAUCAGCAUAGACUCAGGUUAACAGAGGUGUGGAUGGAAAAGUGUCUUAGAAAAAUAUCUCAGUUGAAGAUCACAAAUUUGGGUUCUGGGUUACUUUCUUGUUAUUCAUAGUUAAGUUAUCGUAUCCAAAAUAAAUUCCCACAUCAACAAGUAAUAGAAUUUAUUUUCAACACUAAAAAUGUUUAUUUGUUUUUUUUUAUUAUCA